CUCCCCACUCCUCCUUGAAACCACCUAACUUCCGGCCACACUCUCCCUUCCUCUACCUGCCUUCGUGUGCCUCUUAUCCCGCGUACAGAUUCCAAUCGGUUCCGUGUCCCAACUACAUGUAGGUCCGGAAGGUGUGUGGAUUUUAUCGGCUUGGUUUGGAAUCACAGUGGGCAUCCCGUUUGUGCUGCGGCUCCUCCCGGCGAGUGGUGCGAAAAGUGCCUGGCAGAGUUUCUUGAAGGGUCCGACAGCGGCGGCAGUAGGGGGACACUUUUACCACCCCCACGCACGCUGGACAAAGAAAGAAGUGGGGUGGGGGGCUAAAUUGGAAUAACGGAGAGAAAAAUGAUGGAGAAUUACGUCUUCGCGCUGCUGUGGGCUACGCUCAUAUUCGAUGGGUGCUGGGCUCGGGUGGUGACGGUACCUCCCGGCCCCUUGAUUCGUGUGGAGAGUCAGCCAGUCUCCAUCCGAUGCGAUGUCAAUGACUACAUGGGACCUCGUGAGCAGGACUUUGAAUGGGUGAUGUCCCGGGAGGCCAACGGCCAGCGUAUGAAAAUCAUCUCAACCUUUGAUGCCACUUACUCCCACGGGUCAUUCACCAAGCGCGUGGCGUCCGGUGACAUCUCAGUGAUGCGUCUCCAGGACAACGUGGUGGAACUGAAGAUAGCCGAGGCCAAGUCGCAAGACGCCGGCUUCUACUGGUGCCAAACGCCGAGCACUGACUCUGUCAGCAGUGGCAAUUAUGAGGCGCAAGUCCAACUCAUUGUCAUCCCCAACACGCUCAAGGUGAGCCCUCAGACUCCGCCCUCUGUCAUCCCCGAGGGUAGCGAUGUCACGCUCUCUUGCAACGUCACCCGGGAACUCACCCAGCCCACUUACCUGUCCGUCACCUGGUCGCUGAAGAGGGGAGGAACAUCGGAGGACAUUUUGACUUUUGGCCCUCAGGGCGAUGUGGUGACGGGGGCCAAGUACUCGCGGCGUUACGCCGACGGAGCCAUCCGUUUGGCGCCCGGGAAGAAUGGAUUGUUUGAAUUGGUCAUUUCCAGAGUGACGACGUCUGAUGAAGGGAUUUACCAAUGCAACGGAACAGAGUGGACACAUGAAAAUGGCGGGAAAUGGAUUCAAAUUGUGGGCAGCGCAAAGGAAAUGGGAGCUGUUGCUGUUACUCCGACAGGUCAGUCCCUGACUGUGAAGGCCUCUUCGUCUUCUUCACCCCCCUCGGCGAAUCUGCACCUCACCCCCAAUGACAAACUGACACUGCUUUGCUCCGUCGCUGCCGACAAUCUGCCCUCCCUGUCCCUGGAGGUGUCCUGGCUGGCCAACGGCCGGGAUAUCAUCACCAUGGAACGCAGCGGGGUGGUGAUCUCCAAUAUGUCGGCCGGCUCGGCGCAAGGAAAUCACGGCGAGGCCAGUAUAGAGAGGACCGGUGCCAACCAGUACAGGUUGGCGGUGAGGCAAGUGAGCGCGGAGGACGGAGGAGCUUAUGCCUGCCGCAUCCGGGCCUUCAUCGAGAAAGGAGGGAAGAGUUCGGGGGGAGGAGGACGCUGGCACAUGGCGGCUGAGAAGACGUCCAGUCCGGUGAUGGUGAAGGUGUCGCAGAUCAAAACGAGCUUCGAGCUGGAUAUUGAGACCAUCGUUCACCCCCAGAUGACCGGCGAACCGACAGAGUUGGCUUGCCAUGUAACCAAUAUUACACACUUUCCCUUGGGAGGCCGGCUGGGAGUUACGUGGGAGCACAUUCCUCUUCCUGGCGCUGCCAGUGAACCUCAGGCUUCACAAUCCGUCGGUUCUAUGGACGGCUACGGCAAUCUUCUGCCCGGUGCAAUGUAUUCGGACCGACUGGAAAGCGGCAUGAUGACACUGAGUAAAAUCCAGCCCAACACCUUCAAACUGCGAUUCCUGCGCACGCAGGAGAUCGACAUGGGCCAGUACGUUUGCGCCGUCUCGGCGUGGAGCAUCAACAGCCAAGGCGAUGCGGUGAAGACUGCUGAGCACCAGAGCUUGCCGCUGACUGUGCGAUGGGACACCAAACGUCCCUCGCUGAACGUGGUAGCCAAACGCGUCCGUGAGGCUUCUGUGGGCGGCGCUACCUUUGAGAUGAGCUGCACGGUGGUGACCCAGAACCUCGGCGAAGCGGGUUAUUCGGUGCUGGUCCAAUCGCAAGAAAGCCCCGAAAGCAACGUGAGGACCAUCAUGACCCUCAGCCCUGACAGCGUCGUGCAGCAUGGCGGAGCCACAGACCCAAACAGGAGAGACAGUCUGGUUUUGACCAAGUCCGGCCCAGCUGAGUUCCGGUUUCGCCUCGGAGGCGUCCAGUUGUCGGAUCGAGGUUUCUACUGGUGUGACAUCACCGCGUGGACGAAGCAACAGCCGGGUCAAAUGUGGACCAGAGCCACGAGCGCAGAGUCCAACAAAGUCAAGAUCGACUUCCAAGAAAACGGACCCUCCUUCUCCAUUGCUAUCCAUUCAGACACCAGUACUGUUUACCCGUGGCAGACAGCCAAGAUGAAGUGUUCCCUCCGCAUCUCUGGAUCCUCACCAAAGACCGAUCACCUAGCCUAUGAGGUUCGUUGGUUUUUCACACGACUUCGCGGAGGGCAGACGACAACGCAAGUAGCCAGCGUGGACCGCUUCGGGGUUGUGCGUAAAGAGGAUCGCAACUCUUCCAGUGACGUUUCUAUCGAACGUGAGGACACGCACUCGUACACGUUGAACGUCCACGGCGCCCAUGACAGUGACAGCGGCGAGUACCACUGUGUGGCUACCCCCUGGUACCUGUCUGCCUCCACGGGAGCCUGGACCCAAGCCGGGGAGUUGACGUCUUCCAGAAUCUUCCUGACAGUCCGAUUUGCCGUGUGGGAGUCCCUAAAGUUGCCCCUCUUGUAUGGCGUUUCAGCAUCAAUAGGUGUGGGCCUCUUCUCGCUGGUCCUGGGCCUGGUUUGCGCCCAGUGCUGCUGCCGCGACAUGGCGCACACUCCCCGCUCACGCAACAAAUUGAUGGACCUGGAGAUGGACUGACAAAUACUUUCCCCUGCGCCCUCCCACUACAGCGCCCCUAGGAAACAGCAAACGCCCAACAGACACACGCCCGUCAACGACUUGUGGGACACCCAGUUGUUUCCGAGUAGAGGACGUUGGGAGUAAAACGGGCGGCGGGCGCGUUUCCUUGGGGGCCCAAUUCAAGCCAACCGAGUAUCUCGAGAGGCAUUUCAGCACUGCAGUGGAGGAGCAGGGAGUUGUUGUUCUUUUUUUUCUUUUUUACUUUUACAGGCACAGGAGAUUUCACUGCCAUGUGGGAACAAAGGACCACUUAUCUACCAAACACUAACAAAUGAAAAGCUCGGGUGCUGCCCUCGUGCAAACUACAGCCACAUUUUGAAUGCCAUCAGAAUGUGUUAGUUGGGCUUUGCCGGUUGCAAGUGGAAACUUCUUGUCAAAUCCCGCGGCCGACCAACGUGGACUGUUCAGUCAGCCUGAGCCUCGUUUCGGCGGCGGUUCCGGAGCGGCCGGAGAAAGCCGUCUCCCCCCCCACCCCACCCCCGCCCCGCCCUUCCCCCCGCAAGAGGCAUUGCACUAGCGACCCAGAGUGUUCCUUCCUACCUUAACGAAUGGACGAUAACUACCUUUUCUUCUCGGCUCUAUUUUUUUUAAAAUUAAGAGAUUUUAAAAGUCGGACAGAUUUUUAUGCAUCCCAAGGAGACAUGCAGUGUGUGCGUGUGUGAUGUCACUUAUUGAGAAAUAUUUUGUGCGUUGUGUGCACAGUGCCAGUGUGCAUGUUGUAUUUUAUAGCCCUCGGUGAGCAGCGGGAGAUGUUUUCAGGGUUACAUCAAACACUCCCAAAAGUUGCUGUCACUCCACUACUUGUAGUCAUGUGUUCACCCCAAAACCCUUCUCCCCCAAAAAUUCAGUGUUGCAUUUAAAUUUGCACCUUUUCAGAUCAUUACACCUUCCAACAAUGAAUGCAUCCUCCAUCUUUGCCCCGUGUAAUCGAAGCAAGGUCAAACUGCCAUAUUUGUAGACCUUGUUGAGUGUUUUUUUAAAAUCUUGCGUGGUGCCUUGAAAUACGACCUGAAUUUGUUCUCCGACCAAGCCAAACGCUCAUCUAAAAUCAUAUUUCCCCAUUGAAAUGAAUGGGAAUGGCAUUAAUCCGUGCCAGACCCACCCCUGAAAAGCAACAAUUUGUGUAUUUUUCAAAAAAAAUAGCACUCUGCAAUGUACUUUAUAAAACCUAUGAUCAUAAUUCAACAUAAUGUAAAGAAUUCAACGCUUUGCGUAUCUUGAUUAAUUUAUAGCAACUCUGUCUGGUGUGUGCAGCUUGGCCACUGGGGGGGCAAUAUAAUUCAGUUCUGAAGACACAAACCAAGAUGACCUUCACAACUGCUGUAAAUGACCCAGUGAGCUCUUGUAAUUGUUGUUGCUUUUUUUUUUUUUUGCACGGGAUAAAGAAUGCCUGUGAGUACUGUUUUAAUGUCCGUCCACGUGUGUUCAAAUAUCCCGUCGGUGAGGUGAGUUGAGGUCAUUGACACUAUACAGCCUUCGUAUGUGGAAAAACUCUCGUGGGAUCGCUUGUAUCUCAAGGCACCGCAGUAGUUGGAUUGCACAAAUGUAGCGAGGUUGCUUUUGAUCAGUGUGUGCAGCUCUGAUGGACUUUUAUAGAGCUUUCAAGUAGUAUUUCAAGCACGCAAAACUGGGAGGGGCAAUAUUAUGUGGUCGUUCAUUAUUUUUUACCCUGAGCCAGAGUCCUCAGGGCCUGAUUGACGGCGCCUGUGAAAGUGCAGCCCCACUAUUCAAAUGGAGCUCUUUACUGUACACUCGUAUUCAAAAUACAUUUAAAUAUUCUGUGCCAAAUUUAACAAAUGACAAACUUCUCGUGUUCUGUCAUUCUAUUGCAAUGAGAUGUUUUUUUUUUGUUUUGUUUUUAAUAAAUAGAUUUGUAAAAGGCGGAUUUCCAUUUUGUUGUCUAACUCCCCAUUUGCCCCGACUUGCAGUUCUAAUAAAAGUGGCUGCCUCUUGA